AUGGCGCGUCUAAGUGUCGCCGGGAAUGAGAUCUUGGGACUGAAGAUCCCGGUAGACCCGAUCCUGACAGCCAACACGGUGUGCCUGACCCUGCCAGGUCUAAGCAGGCGUCAACUGGGACUGUGCGUCAGGAGCCCCGAUGUGACGGCCGCUGCGGUCCAGGGCAUACAGAUCGCUAUCCACGAGUGUCAGCACCAACUCUGGGACCAGAGGUGGAACUGCUCGACCCUGGAGAACGGUGGAAAAAUCCUGCAGGAAACCGUCAUCCUGAGCAGAGGAUUCCGGGAAAGCGCGUUCAUGUUCUCGCUGCUGGCUGCGGGGGUCACCCACUCGGUGGCUACCGCUUGCAGCCUGGGAAAGCUCAAGGGCUGCGGCUGCGACCAGAAGCGGAGAGAAGACGACCAGAACCUGCGCUUCAAGCUUCACCAGCUCCGGGUGGAGGCCCUGACCCAGGGUCUCCCUGUCUCCAUCCCUGAGCCCGAGGAGCGUUUCCCUGGCAUCCAGGACUCCUGGGAGCGGGGUGACUGCAACCACGACAUCGAAUUCGGGGAGAAGUUUUCCAGGGACUUUCUGGACUCCUGGGAGACAUCGAGAGACAUCCACGGGAGAAUGAGACUCCACAACAACAAGCUGGGAAGGCAGGCAGUGAUUGACAACAUGAAGCGCAAGUGUAAAUGUCAUGGCACCUCUGGCAGUUGCCAGUUUAAAACCUGCUGGCAGGUGACCCCUGAUUUUCGACGGGUCGGGGCUGUGUUAAAGGAGCGAUUCCAGAACGCGGUGCUCAUCAAAACACACAAUAAAAACACAGGCCAGUUCAGCCUGAAGCCAAACAGGAGGAGGAUUUACAAGGACAUGGUGUACUUUGAGAAAUCACCCGAUUUCUGCGAGAAGGACCUGGGCACAGACUCACCAGGCACACGGGGACGGGUCUGCAGUAAAACGAGCCAAGGGAUGGAUAACUGUGACAGCCUGUGCUGUGGGAGAGGGCACAACAUCCUCAAACAGAGUCGAAGCGAACGGUGCCACUGUCGGUUCCACUGGUGUUGCUACGUGCUAUGCGACGAAUGCAGGGUCAGCGAGUGGGUCAACGUGUGCAAGUAACUGUGGGAACGCUGGGACACCUUUCCUUCUUAUGCAAUGUAGACUUUCCCUGUCUU